AAGGAUGCUCUGGUUUGAUUCGAACUUGCAGGCUCAGGAACCUCAAGAUAUGAAAAAUGGCACCUCAAUUGCGGUGGUUUCAUCUGAUGUUGAUGGGGGUAACAGGAUGACUUCAGAAUUGAGAAUCAUGCCCGUUGACAUUAUUGAUAUGACUAUAGAGGAACAGGAAUCUGAAGGAUGCUCUGGUUUUGAUUCGAACUUGCAGGCUCAGGAACCUCAAGAUAUGAAAAAUGGCACCUCAAUUGCGGUGGUUUCAUCUGAUGUUGAUGGGGGUAACAGGAUGACUUCAGACUUGAGAACUAUUCCUCCUGAGACUGAGCGCUUGAGUACAGAGAAACUGGAAUCUGAAGGAUGCUCUGGUUAUGUUUCCCAAUUUGAGGAUGGUAAGUUGAGGGAAUCAGAUGCUCAAAGUUGGGAGGAAGCCGAACAGGUGGAUUAUGACACUGAAUUUGAGGAAGAAAAAUCAUUUGUCUUGGAAGCUGAGAGUGGUGAGCAGGAACUAGAGGUAGAAAGAAUAUCGAAAUUGGAACCUGAGAGCUCAAAAUUUUGUAAAACGGGGGAGGCUUUGGGGAAAAAUUCAGUGAGCUUGAAGAUUAGAACGGUGGAAGUGUCUGUUGGUGAAACUAUGAAAUUUGAUUGCUUGGAUAGGUCUAAUUAUGAUCUUAGAGUAGAUUUAUCCAAGGAAUCAGAAAAGGAAUCUCUUUCAUGUGUUGAAGGAUCAUUAUCCUCUGAUGUUCAGAAAAGCAUGUCCGACAGUUUUAAUGGUUCAUAUCCCGGAACUGAAAGAGACUCUGGUUCUGAUAAAUUCAUGUGGAAUGGUAGAUCUUCACAAAUGCGUGGCAGAAGCCCAGAAAGUGCACAAUUCAUCAGUCCCUCGGCUAAUUAUUGGGAUUCAUCUAAGCGGGAUCCUCCACAUAUUUAUCACAGCGCUUACAAUUUUGGGCGCCCUGGACUGAAAAGUGCUUUUGGGAACCGAGAAUAUCCUAUCGGAACAGACCAAGCACCCUCAGAUGCUGCUGCUGGUGUUGCAAGACCUGACCACCGAAUUACCAGGUCUGACAAUUUUAAUGGUUCAUAUCUCCGAACUGAGAGAUGCUCUGGUUCUGAUAAAUUCGUGUGGAGUGAUAGAUCUUCACAUAUUCAUGGCAGAGGCCCAGAAAGUGCUCAAUAUUUCAAUCCCUCGGCUAAUUGUUGGGAUUAUUCUAAGCAGGAGCAUCCACAUAUUUAUCACAGCCCUUACAAUUUUGGGCGCCCCGUAUCAAAAAGUACUUUUGGGAACCGAGAAUAUCCUAUGGGAACAGACCAAGCACCCUCAGAUGCUGCGGGUGUUACAAGACCUGAUCACCGUAUUACCAGGCAAUUUAUGGAUUCUUACAGACCAAUCCUUAGAAGGAGAUCACCAAUUGAAAGAGAUGAGUUUUACAAUAUGCAUCUAAGGAGGCCAACUGUGAAGGAUACUGUAAGAGAUACUAGUACUGAUCGGAAUAGGUUUAGAAGAUAUCCACAAGGGGUUAGUAGAGGCAUCAGGGAUGAAUAUUGCAGGCAUGUUCCUGAUGAUGACAGCUCACAAUGCAUGAGCCGGAUUCCACAUCGUUUAGACAGGAGAGAAAGAAGCAUUUCCCCCCAUGACAGAAGGCCUCAUCAUGCUUUACCUUACAAGAGAGCUCGAUCAGGAUCAAGGAGCCGCUCACCCAUAGAUUGGUUGUUGCAGAGGGAUCGAAAUGCGGAUUCAAGACGUUGCAACAGGCCACCAGAUUUUCGGUCUGAUGCUAGAAUAGAUGGGGUUAGGUUGCCAUUUACAAAGCGAUUUGGUGCGGGUCAUGGAGAAUUCAUUUCCUCACCUGGUAGUCAUGUUUCACCGCAACAAAACUCCAGGAUGUUUGAGGAUCGUAAUCCUGGUUUAGACCAUUUUAGCGGACGGAAGUCACAUGUGAGGAUGCAGGACCAAAGGUUUGAUCAAACUCGCCCCGUUCGGAGAUUGAAUUCAGAUGAUUACUUCAACCCCAUGAUUCGACCUAGAAGAUUUCCUGAUCGGGCAGCAGAUGGAAAAGGGUGUAGUAAAUAUGAAGUCAGUGAAGAUAUGUGAAUAUUUUUAUUGAAUGCAAUUGUCAGAGGAUUUGGCUGGAAAAGGGUGAUAUGAUAUCUUGAAGAGUUUGAUUAUAUUCUCAAAGCAAAGGGAUUCAUGUUGAUGGGGAGUAUUUUGCAAAAGAUUAAUGCACAUAUUUUCAUUGGCAUAGUUACCUGUUGAUUGAGCAAUGCUAUGAAAGUUGGAUGAAGCUCGGCUAUUCGACAAUGUCGUCAAUCACAUUGCGAUCAUGGAUAUAAUGGAUGCUCUUUUCACGGUCAAUCUCGAGCAAGCUAGAAGAUAUAAGUGAAAUGAGAUGGCAGACAAGACGAGAAUAAUUUCGUUGUAAAAAAAUGUCGAAGGGCAUCAAUAUUUUUUGAAAUUAUAUUAAUGUUAACUUUUAGAAAAUGAGUGUUAACUCUUUUUUUCGUU